AAGAAUAUACAACAACAGUAGAACGCUCCUGGUCAGCACAGUUUGUGUGCGCAUGAAGCAAAAGGCGAGAUGGGGACUCUUCGCUGUGUGAACUGUCUUCUCUUUUUCGUCUCAACUGUGCUUUUAGCAGAUGUUCACAGUGUAGAACAAGGAACAGAUGAGCUGAGACUUCUCGCUAUAACUGUAGCAACGGACGAAACAGAUGGCUAUAAAAGAUUCAUGAGAUCUGCUAAAGUUAACAACAUCGAUGUGAAGGUCCUUGGGAUGGGAGAAGAAUGGCGAGGUGGAGAUGUGAAGAAUUAUCCAGGAGGAGGGCAUAAAAUAAACAUUCUAAAGAAGGAGACAGAACUUUACAAGAAUGACAGUAAUUUAGUUCUUAUGUUUGUGGAUAGUUAUGAUGUGAUUUUACUUGCCAAACCUGAAGAAUUCUUGAAGAAGUUUCUGGACUUUAAAGCUAACAUGGUCUUUUCUGCCGAAGGAUUCUGCUGGCCAGACAGAUGGCUCAAAGACCAAUACCCUGAAGUUAUUCAUGGAAAGAAAUAUCUUUGUUCAGGAGGUUUUAUUGGCUAUGCACCAGUAUUUCACCAGGUUGUAACUGAUCAUGUCAUUGAGGAUGUAGAAGAUGAUCAACUGUAUUACACCAAGAUAUUUCUGGACAAGCAGAAAAGAGAUCAGUUGAAACUGAGGCUAGAUAAUAAAGCAGAGAUCUUCAUGAAUUUGAAUGGAGCAGAAGAGGAAGUAGAAAUCAAGUUCAGUGAUGACAAGGCAUGGUUGGUGAACAAGGAAUAUGGGACAGAACCACUGGUUGCCCAUGGCAAUGGUCCCAGUAAGUUGUUUCUAAAUUAUCUAGAUAACUACCUGCCUGAUAAAUGGAAUUUCAAGGAUGAAUGUACUGCAUGCUCUGAGGAUAGAAUAUCUUUAGACAGUCUCAAGGAAGAGGAGUAUCCUAAAAUCCUGAUGGGCUUUUUUGUGGAGAAGCCAACACCUUUUAUACCAGAGUUUCUGAACAGAAUGAUGCAGCUAGAGUAUCCCAAGAAACGCAUUGACCUAUUUAUUCACAAUACAGUUCCAUAUCAUAAGUCACAAAUUGGAGAAUGGCUUACAGACAAGAUCAAAAGGCAGUUCAACUCGAUUACUGUGCUGCAACCUGAAGAUAAGGUGACUGAGUAUCAAGCCAGGAAUCACGCCAUUGAGAUGUGUGAGGAAAAGAAGUGUGACUACCUGUUCACAGUGGAUGGCUCUGUUGUUCUUACUAACAAGAACACACUGAAGAUUCUCAUUGAGCAAAACCGGCCUGUUUUAGCUCCCAUUGUCUCGAGACAUGGCAAGCUAUGGUCAAACUUUUGGGGUGCUCUGGGAAGUGAUGGAUUCUAUGCCAGGUCGCGUGACUACCUUGCAAUUGUCCAGAGGCAAAGAAAGGGUGUGUGGAAUUCUGUCUUCAUCUCAAGUGUGUUUUUAAUCAAGAAAGAAGUCUUAAAGAAGAUGCAUGGAAGUUUUGGUCCUUCCCAGCUUGAUCCAGAUAUGGCUAUGAGCAAGUUUUUAAGGGAUAAUGGAAUUUUCAUGUAUGCCACCAACCUACAUGAAUUUGGCCGCUUGUUAGAGACAGAGAACUACCGCACAGAUCAUCUGCACAACGACCUGUGGGAGUUGUUUGAUAACAAACUGGACUGGGAAGAGAAAUACAUCCAUCCAAACUAUUCCCAAAACUCAAACCUCAGCAUUUCCAUUGAUGAGCCCUGUCCUGAUGUGUACUGGUUUCCUCUUGUGUCGGAUACGUUUGCCAAGCAUCUCAUUGAGGAAAUGGAAUAUUUUGGUGAAUGGUCAGGUGGAAAACACGAGGACAAGCGACUGUCAGGAGGUUACGAAAAUGUACCAACAGACGAUAUUCACAUGAACCAGAUUGGCUACGAGAGACAUUGGCUUCACUUUCUCAAGGAAUACAUUGUACCCGUGAAUGGAAGACUUUAUCCAGGGUACCACUCUGAGGCUCGUUCUAUCAUGAACUUUGUGGUAAAAUACGAUCCAAACAGGCAGUAUUAUCUUAGACCGCACCACGACGCUUCUACAUACACAAUCAACAUCGCCCUAACAAGGCCAGGAAAAGACCAUGGGGGCGGGGGAUGCAGAUUUUUGCGCUAUAACUGCCAAGUGACAGAAACCCGUAGAGGCUGGUCGUUUAUGCACCCGGGAAGACUCACUCAUUACCAUGAGGGGCUGCCUGUAACAUGGGGGAAGCGAUAUAUUAUGAUAUCAUUUAUUGACCCUUGAAUAGACGAAAUGAUUCUUUAAUAUCAGAGUUAUAAAUCCUAUUUCAGUAUGAAGUCUAAGACGCCAAAUAACAAAGUUAUUUUUGAUCAAAUUCUAUUUUCUUUCCCCUGAAUGCCUUUUCAAGAGACUAUUUUCAUACCACGAUGUCAAGUGUUUUGUUUUGCAAUUUUUUUAGCAAUAAAUGCGCUGUGAAAAGU